UCUUUAUAGGCACGAUGGCUAGAUUCCACGAAUAUCAGGUGGUUGGUCGUAAACUUCCUUCCGCCCAAGAAGCUGCUCCCAAGCUUUUCCGUAUGCGUAUCUUUGCUCCCAACGUUGUUGUUGCUAAGUCUCGCUUCUGGUACUUCUUGAAGAAGCUCCGUAAGGUCAAGAAGGCUGCUGGUGAAAUCGUUUCUGUUAACGAAAUCUCUGAAAAGCGUCCUGAACAAAUCAAGAACUUUGGUAUCUGGAUCCGUUACGAUUCUCGUUCCGGUACUCACAACAUGUACAAGGAAUACCGUGCCUUGCGUCGUGUUGAAGCCGUCGAACAAUGCUACCAAGACAUGGCUGCUCGUCACCGUGCUCGUUUCAGAUCUGUUCAAAUCAUUCGUGUUGCCGAAGUUAACAACGCUGAUGUCCGUCGUCAAUACAUUAAGCAACUCUUGACUCCCAAGCUCAGCUUCCCCUUGCCUCACCGUAUUGCCAACGUCGACAAGAAGCACCGUGCUCUCUUCGUUGCCAAGCGUCCUACCACUUUCUACUAAGUGCAAUCUCUAUUCUCUCUUUUUUUUUAUCUUUUAGUGCAUUAAAAUAAGUGAUUUUAUGACUUAAUGAUAACAAAUAAGCUUCUGUAUUUAUUCUGUUUGUUUCAGUGGCAGGAAAAAUAUGUAUGACUACAUAUUUACAUAAAAUAAUGACCUAUUUGUGAUUAUACUAUCUUUUUUUUUGUGUACUUCAGGAGAAUAAAAAAAAAACAAGAUAUAGUUUACCCACGAUAUACUGCAGAAUGAUGAUAUAUACAAGCGAACUUUGUUAUUACGUAUUGAUCUAUAGUUGACAGAAUUCCUUUUGUGUGUGUGUGUGUGUGUGUGUGUGUGUGU